GAACUGGUGAUCGACUGCCAACAACCUUCGCCAGCAACCUUUACGGCUAACCUGGAUCACCCAAGCUGGAUUAUCUUUGCGAACUGCCAAAUAGUUGGUUCGAGACCUGUUGCUUGUAAAUACGUGUUAAGCAGACGGUAUGCAAUAACGCACCGAUGGGAAUGACCAACACGAAUAGAGGAGUUUCAACUGCCUGCUGUCAUUCCUCACAACACAUUGUCGCUGUUGUGAAGCCCACGCUUCGUCUUCUGUUCAACCUGUCAAGCUACGUUUAUGCGGCAGCGAACAAUUGGAACGAGAACCUGUAUUGCCGGAUGACUCUCAGCACGACGGGUACACCAUGCUCCGCACCUACUGUAUAUAAGGCCAGCGUUUUCUUGCUCUCACCCUCAAGCUCUUUAGAGUCCACAGCACCAGAAAGCACAGUCAGUUGUUUUUCGAAAGAACGUUCACGAAGACUCACAGCACUAUGACGGGCGCAACUGCUAAAUCUGGUUAUCUCGCGUCGGCUGAGAAGGACCCUUACAAGUAUCAACCUGGGUUUGGAAACUCGUUCACGUCUGAGUCCUGGAGUUCUCCCGAGCCAAAACCAUCCUCAGAGGACCAAAUACGACUUGUACAGAGGGGAUUACUGGUUGGGCGUUCACUGCGCCGCGCGCUGAGAACAAGCAAACUUGGUUGUACCGUAUUCAGCCAUCCGUCUCUCAUGCCGGGUUCACCGUGGCUCGUGUCUGACUUCACGAACGCCAACCCGCACAUUCAUAUCAAUCCUACGCAAGUCGCAUGGGCCCCACGAGAACUUCCUGCUGACCACGAGAAGAUUGACUUCAUCGAUGGUUUGAAGACUCUUGGAGGUACUGGUAGCACUCUGUUGCGUGAAGGCAUAGCUAGCCACACCUAUGCAGCUAAUUUAUCGAUGGAGAGAAAGGCGUUUGUCAACAGCGAUGGUGACAUCCUCAUUUUUCCGGAUACGGGUCGACUGCAUACUCAGACUGAGAUGGGAAACGAAAUACACUAUCUAGUCGUUAUUCCGGGUGGUAUCAAAUUCAAGGUCUCACUUCCUGACGGGCCAUCCCGGGGCUUCGUCCAAGAAGUCUAUGGCACGCAGUUUGUACUUCCGGAACAGGGCCCGCUCGGUACCAGUAGUCUUGCAAACGUUCGCGACUUCGAACACCCUGUCGCUAGUUUUGAUGUCGAUCAGUCGAACUGGGAAAUUGUUUACAAACUCGGAGGCAAAUUGUUCACUUGCAAACAGGACCAUACUCCAUUUGACGUUGUCGCGUGGACUGGAAACUACGCACCUUACAAAUAUGCCAUGGAGAAGUUCAUCCUGGUUCGCAACGCUAAUAAAGAUCACACCGAUCCCUCAACCUUUCGUGUCCUGACUGCGAAAUCCAGACUGCCUAGUCAGCCUCUGCUGGAGAUCGGUGUCAUAGUGCCUCACUGGGACGUUGGAGAUUCUUAUCGUGGCCCAGACUUCCAUCGUAACACGGCUCCCGAGCUCUCUGGAGUGAUAUAUACCCCUAAAGAUAAGCCCUGGCGUGAAGGUGCUGUUCCCGGCGGGUUGAAUUACUACUCGGGCUUCGUGCCUCACGGUUCACCUGCAGAAGAGUACAAGAUAGGCGUCGAGACACCUAAGGAUCCGAUCAGGAUGUUUGAAGACUCGUACCUGUUUAUCGUUGAACCCGCAUACAAUUUGCUUCUGACUGAUUGGCUGUGACGACUUCAAGUUUCGAAGAGCAAGAUGUGAGGAUGUGGAAAGGUCUCGCACCGGACUUCCUCAAGCACAUAGAUCAGGUUAACGCAGACUUGAAGGCCGCGGGUCUCCCGAUCCUGGGUCAAGGUAAUUAGGCUAUGACCUGAACAGCAUGGUGUGCUGCUUCAUUCUUGGCGUGCUUUUCUACGAUUCGAUCUUGCUCAUUCGAAGACACAUCGUUGUAUUUCUCGUCAGUGUCUGUAAAGUAAUUAGCAUUUGUACAAAGG